GCAUCUUGAUAAGGAUGGAAGCUACAGUCCUGCAGCGUAGAGCACACGGCCACCACCUGCGCGCGGUUCUUGUCUUUGGUCAGCUCCCUUGGUCUGCGGAGAUCGUCUCACCCUUGUCCGACUGGCCAGCGGUGCGCAUGGCGAACGUACUCCCCAACAAAUGGAAGAAGUGCUUCUUCCUGGUCGAGACCCACCCUUAUGCCGGGGCAAGAUGCGCGACGCCGCAUCCCUCAGCCUGCACCCUCCCACCACACUGAACUCGGUCGUCUCAGGGCGUCCUGCACUCUAACCACGCUCAUCUAGUAUCCUGAUUGGGAUUGACAGCUCGCCAUGGGUGUUCCACAUUCCAGUAAGGUAGCGUCAAACCCGACUCAGUAUGCUACCCUCAUUGGUGAAAGGAGCCGAGACGGCGAGAACUACCGUCAGUAUGACUAUGUCGUCGUAGGAGGAGGCACUGCCGGAUGCGUUCUCGCUUCGCGGUUGUCCGAGGACCGGAACUCGACAGUAUUGCUCCUUGAAGCUGGGAGAAGUCAUGAAGGCAACUUGCUAUCGCGCAUCCCGCUGGCGUACACGAAGAUGUUCAAGACGGCCGUUGACUGGGACUUUCAAACGACGCCACAAGAGGCGAUGUCAGGGAAACAAGUCUAUUGGCCUCAGGUAAAGAUUCUCGGAGGGACGAGUGCGAUCAACUCUCUCGUUCACCAGUACUGCGCCAAGGAAAAUUUCGACGAAUGGGUCAAGCUUGGCGGAGAGGGAUGGAGCUUCGAUGACCACAAGGCUGAGAAUUACACUGCGAGCGCGCAGUUUCCGAACAAGAACAGCCACGGAACAAAUGGAAUACUCGACCCCAAGGGCCAACGGAACUCGACGGCUGUGGCGUACCUGACCAAUGGCGUCCUCUCCCGACCGAAGCUCAUCGUCGGCGUCAACGUCGAAGUGGAAAAGAUAAUUUUCUCGCAGGAACAAGACUCUACAACGCGUGCGAUCGGAGUAGAACUGUCCACCGCCGCAGAUGGACCUCGCUACCGAGUGAACGCCACUCGCGAGGUCAUACUCAGCGCCGGCUUCAUCUCGACUCCGCAAAUCCUGAUGCUCUCCGGCAUUGGACCUGCAGAGGGGCUCAGUCGCUUCAACAUCCCCGUCGUUAAGGAGCUGCCCGCAGUGGGCCGAAAUAUGUCAGACCACAUUUCGUGUGGUCCCCUUCGCUUCAGAGCCAAGCCCGCGUACACAUGGGAUCGAUACAACGCCACGUUUUCAGGUGCGGUGGCUAUGAUGAAGUGGCUGUUAACGGGCAAAGGCCCUCUAUCCUCCAUGGGGACGUCGAUGGCCGCGUUCAUACGCUCCGAUGAUCGAAGCUUACCGUUCGGAUCAAAGGCCUCCGAGAACCUCCCAGUCAAGGAUCUGACGUCCGGCCCUAAUACACCUGACAUCGAGCUGGUCUGGGCGCCUUUUGUCUUCGUCAACUUCGGGUUCACCCCUCCGCCUCCUGGAGCGUCUGGCAUAACAACAAGCGCUGUCGCGUUGAGGCCGGAGAGCACUGGUACCAUUACCCUGCGGUCCGGCAGCGUAUGGGACAAACCUCUUAUCGAUGGAAAUUACUUUGCCUCGAAAAGCGACAUGAAUAUCGUCGUGCGCGGCACGAGGCUCCUCAUGCGCAUGGCGCGCACGGAGCCGCUCGCGUCCGUGCUGGACCUGAAGGCGCACUCGACAGACAAGGACGACAUAUUCUGGCCAGGAGACGCGGACCCAGACAAGAUCACCGAUGAGGAGUUGAAGGAGUGGAUAAGCGGCAACGCCUCGCCUUUCUUCCAUCCGGUGUCGACGGCGAGGAUGGGGCGGAGCGCGGAGACGAGCGUGGUCGAUGCGAAACUGGGCAUGCACGGCGUCGCCGGUCUGCGCGUCGUGGAUGCCUCUGUGUUCCCAUCUCAGCUGUCUGGACAUCCCGCGGCGGCGGUCAUCGCGGUCGUCGAGAAGGCUGCGGACAUGAUUUGGAGCGAGAUAGGCUCGUGAAACGAGCACUUCAUUCUUGAACUUUCCUACUGGACACGGCUAGUAUUUCUCUUGUAGUGUCUGUUAGUUGUUUGUGUCUCGUUUGUGCGUCGCUAUUUUCGUGGUUUUCGUCAUGUAAUGCUAUGUGGUGAGACGUUGCUUGC